AGAAAAAAACUGAAUAAAAAAAAUCCUUCAAUGUAAGUCAGUUUGGAUAAAAGCGUUUGCCAAAUGCAUAACUGUAAAUGUUGCUAGUGUACCUUGAGUCGCCAGGUCACGUGUGCUCGUUUGUCUUCUUGAAAAAAUAUUUGACAGUUUGGCACAUUUGGCCGCGUCAUCCUCCAAUGCCUUUCUUGUAUUUUUUUUUUUUUUUUUUUUUGUAACCUGGCUCUUUUUUUUUUUUAACUAUCCAUUUUAUUCUUCCCGCGAUUAGCGCACUCUGGCUAACUCACACCACAGCAUUAAUGGUUUCGGUUUGUCUCCAUGGCACCGACCUGGGACACGCGCUUGUGUAGAGGAAGAGAGAGAGAGAGAGAGAGAGAGAGCGCGCACGCGCUCUGACAACAGAAAACGUAACAUUUUAAUGUUAAAUUCAAAUCUAGUGAUAUUAGCUUAGUUAUCAGCCACACAGUAACUUUAACACAUAGAGCUUAUUCUGUGUAUGUAAAAAAAUUUAAAUAAAUUUUAAAAAAGCAGGCGAGUCUGCCAGUCCCAAUUUAUGAGCGGGGCGGAGCGGCCCACCGGGGAUUCUCCCGGUUCUCCCGAUGGCCACCCCGGGCCUGGCCAUAGUCCUUUCGCACCGUUGCUAUGCGACAGAGCGCUAAUCCGGAAACCCAGGUAGCGCAAUUUUAGGAAAUCCUGCGAAGGCGGAGCUUCCUUCAUGCACUUCGGAGGCGUGGCCUUCAGAAGUGUGUGCACUUCAGUUUGGGACUCAGCUAUAGAAAAGGAAGUUAUAUUAUUAAACACGCAGGUGCACAUACGUGCUUUAAAACUACAGUGGGACCCGUACGCAUUAAGUGCACUUUAGUUUUUAUCGUCGAGCUGUAAAAGCAAAAAGUGUUUCUGUUUUGGCGCGUGCUCAAGCUUUACCUGUUUCAUGUAUCCUUAGUUCGCAAAAAAUAAAAAAUAAAAUAAAAUAACACCAAACAACAAAAAACAAAACAAAACAAAACAAAAACACAAGAGGUUCGAUCAGGACUGCAACAAGAUGGCUCAGUAUCGCAGACUCUCAGUCACCAGUGCUGGCAGCAGUACCUCGGAUCACAGCAUGAACGUUCCUGCUGGUGUGAUCAAAGUGCUAAAAGAACAUGGAUACACCAUAGAGCAAGAACUUGGACGAGGGGCUUCAGGAAUAGCGUUUCUGGUGAAAGACACAGAUGGAGACCUGUAUGUGGUCAAACAGAUGAAUUCCAGAGAUGGGGAGGAGCUGGAUGCAGUCAGAAAGGAAGUUGAGAUCCUGAACAAUCUGAACUUUGGAUACAUUGUUACCUAUGUGAAUUCAUUUGAAGAUAAAGAAGCGGGACGUAUUUAUAUUGUGAUGGAGUACUGUGAAGGAGGUGAUCUUUCAAAAGUCAUGGAAAAACAUAAAGAUGAACAUUUUUUUGAAGAAAAACAGAUCCUUGACUGGCUUGUUCAGAUUUGUCUGGCUCUGCAGUAUCUCCAUGAGAAGAAAAUUCUUCAUAGAGAUAUUAAACCUCAGAAUAUCUUUCUGACUGAAGACGGUUACAUCAAUCUAGGCGAUUUUGGAUGCUCAAAUUUUCUUUGCAGAGCUGAUGAAUAUGCCAAAUCAGUUGUGGGUGCAAAUCUCUAUGUCAGCCCAGAAGUUUAUCAGAAGAAAUAUAAGUCCAAGAGUGACAUAUGGUCAUUGGGAUGGUUGCUCCAUGAUCUCUGCAUGCUUGAUGUGUGGGCAGAUAACAUGCAGCGUCACAUAAUUCAUGCAGUCAGCAUGAAAGGAAACCCUCCUCAUAUCUCAGAGAGAUACUCAGUAGAACUGAGAGAAUUAAUCAGACAAAUGCUCAGCCGUGACCCUAAAGACAGGCCUUCAGCUGAAGAGAUUCUAGCAAAACCGUUCCUGGAAGAUGCAGUGGACAGAAACGGCAGAACUCCAGAGACACUGCUACAGAGUUUUAUGAAGUCUAUCAAUGCCUUUGAUAAGGCCUACAACAAGCACUAUAAAGACAUUGAGGAUUUAGUAAAUGAGUGGGGACGAAUAACAGAUUCGAUGGAGUCUGCACAUUACAGUGCCACAGCAGGCAGUCUGUCAGGUUCAGUGAUUGGAGCAGCAGGAGGAAUCACUGCAUUAGUUGGUUUAAUUUUGGCACCGUUCACUCUCGGUGCAUCUCUGAUUGUUACUGGUGUCGGUGUUGGAGUUGGAGUUGCAGGUGGAGUAACAGGUGCCGCAUCCACCAUUACUAAUACUGUACAACAAAAAUCAUUCAGAGAGAGCCUUGAACAAAUUCAGAAAAAGUAUGACUCUGUAAGUGAGCCUAUUCUCACACCGCUGAACACACUGAGAAAGGUACUGAGAAAAAUCGCAAAGUUCAGUUUUUUUUGUGGCACCUCGACUUUUGACAACGUACAAAUAUCAUGCAAUUUAGACAAAAGAAAUAUGUUGUGUGCCACACAACUCAUGAAUUUAGGUCUGUUGGCAAAUGUUAGCAGAAUUGCUACUCAGACUGCAAGAGUAGGACGAGUAGUAGCAGAAGCACUCUCAGGUGUGUUAAGUGGACUACUAGUCAUACUUGAUGUCGCCUUCAUAGUGAUGGAUUCUGUAGACAUUCACCAGAUGAGACAGGGAAAAGUAGAUGAUCCAGAAAAGGUCUCAUCCAGAGUUCUCAAAUCCAUUGCAGAGAUGAGGAGAACACAUAAUGAGCUUUGCAAUGUCCAGAAGGAAAUUCAAAAAACAAGAGAGGAACUAAAAGACUAUAUAGAAUUGGCCAGGGAUGACAUGGAAAUAAACAAUGAUUUAAAUAGUUUAAACAUAUAGUCCUAUAUUGCUCUGAAACCAGAAUUCACAUGUGUAGCACGUUUCCUGUAGCUCAAAUAGUAGAGCAUGGCGCUAGCAACGCCAAGAUCAUGGGUUCGAUUCCCAGGGAAAGCAAGAGCUGAUAAAAUGUCAAAACUGUAACUUGAAUGCAAUGUAAGUCGCUUUGGAUAAAAGCGUCUGCUAAAUGCAUAAAUGUAAAUGUAAAUGUAGCAUGAGUUUUUUGUGAUGUUGUCAAGUUGUCACCUUUUGUUUAUAUAGCACUUUUUACAAUAUAAAUUUUACAAAACAAAGCAGGUUUACAAUGAUAACAGGAAAAAAUAUGAAUAAAUAAAUAAAAUUAAAUAAAAACUGUAUAGCAGAUACUACAUAUCCAUUGUAUACAAGUGUUUUUUUUUUUUUAUUACAUGAGGUGUAGAUUUGUUUAUGAAUUAUAAAAAAAAAAAAAAAGUAAGUACUUAUUGGUGUGUGUGUUUUAUAAUUGUUUUUAGUGAUUUGUGGGUAAUUAAUACAUUUUACCAAGGUAAUAAUUCAUGCAUUCUGUGUUAUGUUCUGUUUUUAUUUCGUUUUCACUUUGUUUGCUCUGUUUCUGUUUGCCUUUGUUUAUAAAUUAAUUCCAUUGGUCACUCAUUCACUCUCUAGUUUGUUGCUAUGGAUAAUCAUUGAUCAUCAGAUUCUGUUCACCUUGUUUUUACACACAUGGUCAGAAUUGUUGGCACCCUUGGUAAAUAUGACCAAAGAAGUCUGUGAAAAUAAAUCUGCAUUGUUAAUCCUUUUGAUCUUUUAUUAAACAAAAUUAAUAAAUAAAUAAAAAUCACACAUCUAACCUUUCAUUGAACUAAAACAAUUGAAAAUGGGGGAAAUCUCAUUAUGAAAUAAAUGUUUUUCUCAAAUACACGUUGGACACAAUUAUUGGUACCCAUAGAAAUUCUUGUGAGUAAAAUAUCUCUGAAGUACGGAGCCCUUUAAAGGACAUUGUGGUGGAAAAAAUCGGGGUGGGAGGAAAAAAUAUUUUCAAAUGUUUUGCGUUCAUUUGAGUUCGGACAAACUCUUCCUGUUUACUUUACAGCUCGCAGUGGUUACAGCUCGCAUGUUCACAAUGGACAUUGUAAACAAUGUUUUAUUUGUAUUUAUGUCUGCACUAUCAUGUAUAUUUGCACUACUUUCUUCUGCACUAGAAGCUCCUGUGGCCAAGUCAAAUUAUUUGUGUGUAAACAUACUUGGUAAUAAAGCUCUUUCUAAACUUUAUUCUUAUACAUAUUGUGCUGCAUUCGAUUGAACUAAUGCAUGCCUGCACAAAGAAAAAUAAAUAAUCAAUAAGCAACUGAUUUUAUUUAAGUUAUCGUGUACAGUGUUGCCAUCUAAUGGUGGACACAACAAGCAACAACGAAGCCUAAUAUAAUCUACUAAAACAUGCUGAAGAAUAUCACUGCUGACGUCAAAACAUUAUUACCUAUGUAUAAUUUAAGAAUCUUUAGCUGUUUCUGACAUUUUCAUCUUUGCACUCUGUAUUCGCAGACAUGUAUCUGUUAUAUAGCCUACCGGAGAACACAUCCCGAACCUCAUUUUCAUGUGAUUAGUUCUGCUGUGUACUGUGUUCAGCCUGUUCUGGGCGGGAGAGCUGAGGAGCAGGAAACGAGGAAGAAGGCGGAAACUGAAAGUGUGCUUGUGAUUUUCAAACUUCAUUCCGGCUAACUUUAAACGAUUUACGCCGUGUUUAUCUUUUUUUUUUUUAUGUAUUAAAACUAAAUUGUAUAGAUAUGUUCCAUGCAUGUUAAGUGCAAUUUAGUUUUCAUCGUCUCUGUGUUAAAAGCACGAUGUUGCUCUGUUUCAACGCGUGGAUUUAAAGCUGGAGCUUCUCCAGUUUCAUCAUAAUCGUUUAUUAGGGCGCAAAAUAUGAGCUCCGAUCAGGACUGCGGCAAGGUUAUAAGAAGUUAAAAGAAGACUGAUGCCAAAUCUGAGUCGCACUGCCACUCCACUGAUGAGUUCAGGACAAUUACUACACGCUAUUCGGCAACAAUGGCUUCACCCAGACCCCGCCAUCGGCGCGGAAGCAUGGAGCUGCCAACUAACAUGCUAUCUGAUAUUUUUCAUCUCAAUGAGGAAUUGAACAGAGUUCAUAAGGACAUUUCCCUAGAAUGCAACAAGUAUAGAGAUAACAUUCAUGAUCUCAUCAAUGAGUUUAAAAAUGGUAACAGACUUGUUAUUCAUGCACUCAGAGGAGCAGUAAUAACUGGACCAAUCGCGAUGGUGUUGUCAGCAUUAUCUUUAUUUUUAAUUGAUGAAGAGGUUUUUGAUAUUGUUGCUGGAGCAGGAGCAGUUGUGGCUGUAGUUGCUGUAUUAUGUGCUGCUUUUGGGCGAUACAGGAAAACACAGCAGGAGAGGAAAUUAAAACGAUCCAUUGAAGAGGAACUUAAGGGAUUUCAGGAUAAAAUGAACCUUAUUAUUGACAUGCUGGAAAAUAUCUGUCAAUGCACUGAGGAAAUACUGAGAGACCCUUCGCUAUCAGUCCACAAAACCCAGGCAUUAAGUGAACAUUUUGCCUCCUGCUUUGAAAAAAGUCUCUUUCAGGAACAUGACAGGACUAAAGUGGUUUCUAAAAUGGAGCAUUUUUCUGGAAAGCUUUCAGAAAUGAUCGCCAAGGUUAGUUCUGUGCCUGAUAUCCUCAAAGAGAUCAUCGAAGACAACAAGAGGCAUCGUGACAAACCAACAAAACCCACAAAGGAACAAAUAAAUAAAAGAGAGUUUAAGGAGAAAGCAGAUAAAUUCAUUAAUGAUAUGCAAAAAGGAAUAUGUGAGUUAAAAAAUGGAGUGAAACAAAUCAGGAAAACAACAGAGAGUAUGUCAAAUCUUUUGAAAUGAACCUGACAAAAUGAAAAAGCAUGAACUGCUGAGACACAAGUUUGCAUUGAAGAAUUUCAACAUUUUAUUUUCCUACAAUGAAAAUAAAAUGGAGUUCAAGGAGAAAGCAGAGAAAUUCAUUAAUGAUAUGCAGAAUGGAAUUUGUGAGUUAAAAACGGAGUGAAAGAAAUCAACCAAAUGGCAGACAGAAUAUCAAAUCAUUUGAGUUCACGUUGGAUUCAGUGACUCUACAGCAUUUACGAAUUUGUGUCUUGCUUAUGCGUUACCUGACCAGUUAAAUGAUCAUUUGUCUUUGUAUGCAUUUGUCCCUCAAUGUUCUGUUGUUCUGUCAUAGGUUUAUUAUUUUAAUUCAUAUUCUAUUAUAUUAUUGUAAUUAUCAUUUUUUUUCUUUCCUUCAUAGUUGUUGUUCUGUGAAAAAGCAAAAACACUAAAAUAAAUGUGUAACAACAACAACACAAAAAACAAACAAAAAACAAUCGAGUUCAACCUGACAAAAUGAAAAAGUGAACUUUCUUACUGGAUUCUCAUGAUAGAGGACAACACAACUAGUGACCAAUAUUAUAUUACAAUAUUACAUUGCAGUAUUAAAUAAUUUCAACAAUUCAUUGUUCUAAAACAGUUAAUGUUAACAGUGUCUUUUUUUUUUCUUGGUUAUGGAAAUUGAUACUUUGUUAAAUGCAGAAAUCCAGGAGUACGAUUGUUUUUGCUCUGCAUUAUUGAUCAAAAUAUGUUUUUUAUUUUGCGCUAUUAUGUGCUUCAUAUUAACCACUUUUCAUAUCAAAACAUGUAAUAAAAUUCACAGAUAAAAAUGUAUUGGAAUUUCUUCAACCUUUAACAUCCUCACCAAGGGGAAAAAACAAUGGAAAAAUUAUUAUUAUUUAUUUAAUUGUUUGUUUGUCUGUUUAUUUAUUUAUUAUUUUUAUUUAGUUGGGGCAGUAAUACAAAGAAUCAAGAGGAAGAACAACUAGUGUCCAUUCAAACAGUGUUAUACAUAUACACUUUACUCUCAGUCAGUAGCUUAAUUUUUCUGCCUUUUACUACAAAUCACACAUGUAUUAAACCAGUAAAAAUAAAUACAUACAUAUUAUGGCAUAUAUAAUGGAAUGAAGGUAACACUUUAGUAUAGAGACCAAUUCUCACUAUUUACUAGUUGCUUAUUAGCAGGAAUAUUUUUAACAUAUUGGCUGUUUAUUAGUUCUUAUAAAGCACAUAUUCUGCAUCCCUAAUCCUACCCAGUACCUAAAUUUAGCAACUACCAUACUAAUUAUUAAUAAGAAGCUAAUUAUUUUAUUGAAAGUUUACUGAUUCAAAAGUUGUAGUUAAUGGUUU